AAUGGAUUUAACCAAAACAAAACAAAAGAAGAAGGCGGCUCAUGAGGAGCAGCUUCCAUGGGAGUUGCUUGAAGAGAUACUCUCUCGUGUCCCUCUAAAAUCUCUUGUCCGCUUGAGAGUUGUUUGCAAACGGUGGAACGUUAUCUUGGAUGACAAGAGGUUCAUCAACAACCACAAGGAAACGUUUCGCUUCAUCCUAAAAACCAAAUCCAAGAUUUACUCGGUAAGCAUCGAUCCCAAGAUAGUGGUGCGUGAGUUGCCAUGUGAUAUUCCCGAUUUAGAAUGUCAAAUACCUACAACAUUGGUUGAUUGCGACGAGUUCUUGAUAUGUAACAUGGAUGAUGGAGCCGCAGUUUGGAACCCGUGGUUGAAACAAAGUACAUGGAUUCGCCAGCCUAGGUUUAGCUUAGAAGGCAUAUGUUAUAAUGGUAGUAAUAGGACAAGUGAUCAGGUAAGUCUUUACAAGACCAUUUGGGCCAAUUGUACCGAGUGGAGAAUCCAUGACUUUGCGUUCGGUACGUGGAAACGCUCCAAUUUUAACUCCGGUGAUAGUAAUCAGAGAGAGAAAGGACGUAGAAAAAAUUUACAUUCUGAUAUGAGUGUAUCAUUGAACGGCUCUUUGUUUUGGAUUGCUUAUGUUGACGAGACAGAUCCCUUGUACCUUUUAGGUAGAUUCAAUUUUUCAAAGGAAAGAUUCUACACAUUUUGUUAUCUACGAUGUGGUAUGAGCCAUUCUCGCGAUGCGCUUGUCCUUAGGGUCUUUAAGGGAGAUCGGUUUUCGGUUUUGAAGCAAUGUUAUGUAACAAAGAAGGUUGAGAUUUGGGUGACCAAGAACAAGGUUAACGUUGAGGAUGGUAGUGAUGUGGUUUGGGUGAGUUUCAUGACUUUUUCAAUCCCUCACUUUCCGAGUUUAGUACAGGCUGAACCCUACUCUGAUCAGCAGCCAAGUUACUACAUCGACGAUAAAAGGCUUGUCAUGUGUUCUUGCGAUGAAAAUGGCCAGGCUUGGAUUUAUGUUUUGGGGGAAAACAAGUUGAUCAGCAAGGUUCACUUAGAUUCUGUGGUUGAUCCCUGGCCUUCUCAUUGCACUUACUUUCCCAGCUUGGUCCCGGUUCCUCGAGAAAAAGAUGAAGCAGAAUUACAAGUUUAAUUUUUUUAACGUGUUUUCCUGUUUCUUUUUUUUUUUGUUGCAACUAGAGAUUUUGCUCAUUUUCCUUUGGGUUUUGCUUCUCUUUUGUUUUGAGAAAUAAAUUCUUAUAGGUCUUCUUAGA